AUGAAACAAAUGUUGAAAGACUUUUCAAAUCUACUCUUGGUGGUACUUUGUGACUAUGUUCUUGCAGAAGCUGAAUACCUCCUCUUGGGAAAGCCCGGCCAUGUAGCACUAAGCAACAAUACAGUAUCGGUGGGUUUCCAGUAUGUCAGUGGGGCUAAUGGGACGCUGAGGAAUGUAUCUAUCCUGUUGUUGGAGGCCAACACCAAUCAGACUGUUACCACCAAAUACCUCCUGACCAACCAGUCCCGGGGAACACUGGAGUUCGAAUGCUUCUACUUCAAGGAGGCGGGGGACUACUGGUUCACCAUGACUCCAGAAGCGGCAGACAACAGCACUCCAGUCCACCUGUGGGAGCAAAGUGCCUUUCUCAAGGUGGAAUGGCCUGUCUUUCAUGUUGACCUGAAUAGGACAUCCAGGGCAGCAGAAGGCACCUUCCAGGUGGGCCUUUUUACCAGUCAACCACUGUGCUCAUUCCCUGCGGACCAACCUGACAUCUUGGUGGAUGUCAUCUUUACCAACAGUCUUCCCGAGGCAAGAACGAGUCCAGGACAGCCGCUGGAGAUAAGAACCAGCAAGAGGACACAACUCUCUCAAGGUCAGUGGGUUGAGUUUGGCUGUGCACCCGUGGGGCCGGAAGCCUACGUCACUGUGGUGCUGAAGCUGCUCGGCCAAGACUCGGUCAUUACCUCCACGGGACCCAUUGACCUGGCCCAGAAAUUUGGAUACAAACUGGUGACGGUGCCGGAACUCACGUGUGAGUCGGCAGUGGAGGUGAUGGUGCUGCCUCCCCCGUGCGUCUUCGUCCAGGGAGUGAUCGGGGUCUUCAAGGAGGCCCCCAGACGCCCUGGGGAAGGGACCAUUCGGCUGGCUGAAAACAGCCUGACCUUGGGAGAGAGGAGAACAGUAUUCAACUGCACUUUGUUUGACAUGGGGAGGAAUAAAUACUGCUUUGACUUUGGCGUUUCAAGCAGAAGCCAUUUUUCCACAAAGGAGAGGGAGUGCAUGCUAAUCCAGAGAAACAUAGAAACUUGGGGACUGUGGCAGCCGUGGAGCCAGUGUAGUGCCACGUGUGGGGAUGGUGUCAGAGAGCGACGCCGCGUGUGCCUGACUUCCUUCCCCUCCAGACCUGGCUGCCCUGGAAUGUCCUCGGAGACCUCCCUGUGUUCCCUGGAGGAGUGUGCUGCUUUCCAGCCAUCCAGUGCAUCCCCUCUUCAGCCCCAGGGUCCGGUGAAGUCCAACAACAUCGUGACCGUCACUGGGAUUUCCCUGUGCUUGUUCAUCAUCCUCGCCACCGUCCUCAUCACGCUGUGGCGGAAGUUCGGCCGCACCCCGAAGUGCCGCACGCCGGCUCGACACAACUCCAUCCACUCCCCCAGCUUCCGGAAGAACUCAGACGAGGAGAACAUCUGCGAGCUGAGCGAGCAGCGCGGCAGCUUCUCGGACGCGGGCGACGGGCCCGCGGGGGGCCCGGGGGACGCGGGCAUCCCCCUGACCUACAGGCGCAGUGUGCCCGCGGCUCCCGAGGACGACGCCUCUGGCAGCGAGAGCGUGCAGUCCAACGCCCAGAAGAUCAUCCCCCCGCUGUUCAGCUACCGCCUGGCCCAGCAGCAGCUGAAGGAGAUGAAGAAGAAGGGCCUGACGGAAACCACCAAGGUGUACCACGUGUCUCAGAGUCCCCUGACAGACACGGCCAUCGACGCCGCCGCCGUCGUGCCCCCCUUAGACGUGGAAAGCCCAGACGAAGCUGCGGCAAACAAGUUCCGGAUCAAAUCCCCGUUUCUGGAGCAGCCGGCGGGCGGGGCCGCGGCCAGGCCCCCCUCCAGGCCCGACCACCCGGCGUGUCAGGCCAGUUGCGCCGUCAGCCCCAGCCAGACUGUGAUCCGCAAGUCAGCCACGAGGCACGUGGGCGGCAGAGGGGCGCUGCCGGAAAGGAGCCACCCCAGGGGCUCCCACUUCAGGAGGACCGCUAGUUUUCACGAAGCCAAGCAGGCCCGGCCGUUCCGGGAGAGGAGCAUGUCCACCCUGACUCCACGCCAGGCCCCGGCGUACAGUUCUAGGACGCGGACCUGGGACCAGGCGGAAGACAGAUUUCGGCCUCACAGUCGAGGCGCCGCCCCGUUUCCCGAGAAACCGGAAGGGGCGGGUGCAACCAGAGGUCCAUUGAGCCCUGCCCCUAAGUCUUACACCUUGGGGCAGCCCGUGAGGAAACCAGACCUGGGGGACAGCCAGGCAAGCUUCGUGGUAGGAGGUGAGAGAACAGAGCCUCACAGAUCUCGGAGGGGACCGUCCCCCAGUCACAGGAGUGUCUCAAGGAAGCAGCCUUCCCCCACUGCCCCCAAAGACAGCUACCAGAGGGUCAGCCCCCUGAGCCCUUCUCAGGGUAGAAAAGACAAGUGUCAGAGUUUCCCAGCCCACCCUGAGUUUGCCUUCUAUGAUAAUACGUCAUUUGGCCUCACUGAGGCUGAGCAGAGGAUGCUGGACCUCCCGGGCUAUUUUGGGUCAAAUGAAGAGGAUGAAACCACAAGUACUCUCAGUGUGGAGAAGUUAGUCAUCUAG